AUGACUUAUUAUUCUAAUGCUACUGAUGAUACGGUGUUUUCACUCGAAGAAAUUCGUGAAGAAUUAGCUCGAUGUGGCUAUGAUGGCGUAUCAAAGCAAACAUUGCAUAAGUUUCAAACAGAAUUGGCCAAUUUGGCUAAUCACGACAAAGCGCAAUUUGAUCAAGAGAAAAGCCACAAACGAAAUGUGCAAUCGAAUGUUGAUUUUACGAUAAAUUCAGUCAACAAACAAACACAGUCAGAUAAUGAAUCCAACGAUAACAAUGAGAACGAUGAAAGUCGUGAUAAAACAAAUCUACGAUCAAUCAUUCCCCAACCAUCAAUUUUGAAAACAAAACAACAUUCUAUGAAUAAUGUUGAUGAUAACGAUGAUAAUUAUAGUCAAUCAUCUGAAAGAGUAAUUCGACGAAAAGUUUUACGCUCAAUUAAUGGCGGUUAUUUGAAUAAUUCAUUAUUUAGUAACAGUAGUAGCAAUAAUCCUAAACACAUGUACAAUGUGAAAAAUGAUAAUGAUGACUCACACUCAGAUAGCAGUGAUCAAACUCGUUCAUCAUCGAAUUCUGUUCAUGCAAUCAAAUCAUUUAUUCGUCCCUCAUCGUCAGCGUCUUCACUUCGUCGUGCAAAUAGUAGUUCGAAUAACAAUAUUGAUUCUGUUCAAUUGUAUUCCUAUUAUAAACGACAGUGGCAGUCUCAACGGGCUCCUGGUGAAAAAUCACAUCAGAGUCUGAGAUGGUCAGUUAGAGAUCAAUUAUUACAACGCCAUGAUGUACCAGUAAAACGAAAAACGCCACGUCGUGUGAAUGACUAUGUUGUUCCAACGGAGAAAAAACGUUCGUCACUUCGAUGGGAAGUACGGUACGCCUUAGCGAACCCUGAUAAAUUUAGUUUACAACCAUUUAGAAACGAUGACUUAUUUUCUUAAAUAAUUUGAUAAAUGUCUGUUUUGUUUAACUAUGUUGGUUUCUUUUGAUAGAUAGUCAAAUAAUAUCUGUUGUUAUUUUUUGUACAUAUCAAGUUGAAAUAUUGUUGUGUUGUUUUUUUAUAUAAUAUUUUCUUAUUGAAAAGAAAAAAUCUAACAUUUUUAUUGUCAAAUAAUAAAUAGAUUUUAUAGCGGUUUGAUAAACCUAAUAGAUCAGAUUUCCAAAACGUGUGUUAUGAUGAAAAUCAUAAACUCGAUCAGUUCAAGUUUAGAACAAUUUAUAAUCUACUCUUUGUUGUAUUUAAUGAGAACGUCGGAAAUGUAUGAGAAAACUAAAGUUUAGAAGAGCUUUGUUUAGUGAUGACCUUUAAUGUUUGAUUGAUCUAACAUAACAGAUAUUUAUGAGAGGCACUAAAUCUAAAAAUUGGUUUUUACGGUAAGUCAAAAUAUUUCGCAGAUGAUUAGAAAAUUAAAAAACAAAAUUUAUAUAAUUCUUUUCUUCCAUUCAAAACAAAAAGUGACAAAAAAGUAAAUUUUCUCUAUGAAAAAACGAAAAAUAACUACUAUCUGUUUCAAAAUAGAAUGCAGUCGGAUAUUUUUUUUUAUAAGUUUUGAACCAACAGAGCUAGCGAGUUGCGGUUUUCAGUUUUAUAAACUAGACACCGGGG